AUGGUUGACGACGUCAUCCGUGGCUUUGCAGAUCUCAUCUCGCGAUCCAACGUCAAGUACGAGAAGUUUCAUAACAUUCAGCAUGUUUUCUGCAAGACGAACCUGGAGGCACAAGGGAUACACACCGUUCGCUGGCUGUCACGUGGUGAGGCCGUCCGACGCUUCCUCGAGAUCCUGCCUGCAGCCAUCGUGGUGCUCAAAGAGUACAACAAUGACUUGUACGAGAUUGCCACGUCGUUCAAGUUUCAGUGGUUGCUCCGGCUGCUUGCUGACGUGUUGUGGGAGCUGAACCAUCUGAACCAACGGUUCCAGCAACGGCAGACCGACGUCACGCUCGUGUCUCAUCUCGUGGACCAGACACGAAUGCGCAUGAAGAACCGGUACUUAAACUUUUCGCUGGAUCAUCACUUCGGGAGUGGAGAGAAGAUGACACUGAACGACUUCAUUCAGCGCCAUCAGAAGAUGGACAAGCGGGAGGUGAAGGCAGAGGGCGUGGACAGUGACGGCAACCCCGUGAAAUUCAGCUACACGCUGCACGAGAAUCCCAUCGAAGGGCAGGAGCCGGACGGAGAUGUAACGGCUUGUUUCGAGCUGUCGCUGAAGUUUGUGCGUGCUGUCGACAAGGAGCUGGAGUGGCGGAUGAAGGACCUGGAGGAGCUGGAGGGGUGUAAGCUAUUUUGGUCAGCCUCAUACGUACUUGACGACGCCAAACGUGUGGAAAACUUCAAAAAAUGGCUGGCUAAACUGCACAAGCUCUACAGGAAGAAGCUUCCAGGUAUGCUCGUAGACCUCAUGGUGUGUACCUGA